UCACGGCGAGGAGUGGGAGUAGCAGUGUGUCACCACCAGCCUCUGACUGCCGCCAUUACCACACGUCUGCAGUGUUACACGCUGGAUCACACACUCUCUGAACAGAUCAAGGUAUCCUAGCGAGUUCUCGCUGACGGAGUGAAGAUCAUGGCGGGUUGCCAGCAUACUGUGUUGAUGCAGUAAUGUUAUUCGUGUGACCCUCCUUACUGCGGGUGCUGGGUCACAACCCUCCACACACAAGACGCAGUGGCGAGUGAUGAUAGUCAAGUUGAACACACUAUGAGAACUGAGAUGUAGCAGUGUUUGUGUAGAGGGAACUGUCUUGCUGCCACGCUAGGUACUAUCCUGCUCUCUCUACAUAACGUCAAAACCAGUUAUCGGUGUAAACGAAUAACGAGUUAACACGAUGAACUCUCGUUUAAUACAGUGAAGAACAAAACGAUGAAUGGAAACUCAACUUAUAACUACUUGGCUGAGUUAGAGAUUAACCAAGACUCACGAAGAUCAUUUAUAAUGUAAAAAAACUACGUAACAUAAUUUGACUUACAAAGGAUCAUGAAGUGAACUAAGUUCUGUCACCAUCGAAGACACACAACCCAUGGAAAUUCACGGUCUGGGAAAUCUACAACAGCUAUUGGAAUUUAUAGUAGUCUAGGACCCAAUAUUUGCAAGAUUGUAACAAUUAGAAUUACUGUUGUUGUUGUCGGCCUUGACCACGUUCCUGGUGGCCUCUGCCUUGUUCACUUCACUUGUGUAACUACUGCCACCACCACCACAACCACACUUUCAGGUGCUACCACCAUCAUAACAACCACCCUCACAGGUGCUACCAACACAACCACCAGGUGUUAUCACCACCAGAAGAACCACUUUCACAGGUGUUACCACCAGAAGAACCACCCUCACAAGUGUCACCACAACAACAACAACAACAACAACCACUCUCACAAGAGUCACCACCACCACCACCGCCACAACAACUACCACCACAACAACCACCGCCACCACAACAACCACAACAACAACAACAACAACCAUGUACGGGCUUGAGAAUAUAAACAUCGAGGUUAUGAACCGUCAAUGGAUGUCUUCCCCGUGCUACCUGGAGUGGGAUGCUGCCGCCGCCUCCUCCUCCUCCUCUCCAGCUUCCUCCUGCGACGCUGCAGACUCCUGGCUGCCCUGGACAGCAUCACACAAGUCUCCACAGGAGGACUCCCUGUUGGCCUCCAGCGUCCGGGAGAGCCGUCGGCGGAGGCGCAUGUGUCCUCUGGCGCAAGUGCGCCAGCGGCAGGCAGCCAACAUGCGCGAGCGGCGACGCAUGGCGUCCAUUAAUGAUGCCUUUGAGGGUCUGAGAGCCCAUAUACCCACCAUGCCUUAUGAGAAGCGUCUCUCUAAAGUGGACACCUUGAGACUGGCCAUCGGGUAUAUUACCUUCCUGUCCGACAUGGUGGAGACGAACCCUGCCUUACAGACCCAACAAUCUGCCAACAACAACAACAACAGCAACACCAACAACAAGAUCUUGGUCAAAAGUAGUGUUGAUCCUUACGGAGGCGGCGACACAGGAGAUCAUCUCACCUUCACAGAGCUGUCGUGGACGUCGCAACGGCAGGAGGUUGUCAACGGCAGGGUUAAUACCUCUCUCUGGACGCCCACACACGCCCUCGCUAACUGACACGCCCCUUCACCCCUCGCUAACUGACACGCCUAUACACGCCCUUGGUAACACGCCUACCUCUCUCUCCCUCUCUCUCUCACACACACAGGAGCUGUGAAUCGACCCCUGCAACCACAAAUAGGUGAGUGAGUACUUGCUACCUAGAGAUCGUUCCAGGGGUCAGCGACCCUCGAAGCCCAGUCCUUGACCAGGCCUCCCGGUGGAUCAGGCCCUGAUCAACCAGGCUGUUACUGCACGAGGGCCAGAAGGAAACGACAAACACUGAAAGAGGGGAAAAUUAGAGAGGGGUAAAAUAAAGAAAGGGAACAGAACUGAAGACUUAAGACAGAGGAAGACGAAAUUAAAGACAGUGAAAAGCCAAGAAGGACGAUAAAGGGGAAAAACAAAUUGUCUUGGAUCUCAUCAAGCGUUAAACCCGUGUGGGUCAUUCAUU